AGUAUCAAUCUUCUAGUUAAAACCAUAAAAAAUGAAUAAUCAAGCAUUGAAAUCUUUCAAACUUCAUUCGCACACAGUUGUUUUUUUCUAUCGGAGAAUAAAGAUUGCUUUAUGACAGGAUAAACCAUAAUUUUGUCAUAAUUUUGUUAUUCCUCUAUAAAAGUCAUCAAUUUGCUUGAGAAUUAAAAAAAACUGUGUUACUUUGUUGUUUAUGAGUAUUACAAGCACGUUUUUUAUGGAGGAAUGCUGCCAAUCAAAACCUUGAAAACAUUUGUACGAACAUUGAAACAUUGCAAUAACAAAAAAAGAACGAAAGGAAAAAGCGAAAACCCCAAUAUGAAAAACAACGAGUUUGCUUGUGCCCUUAAUUGACUUCACCAAUGUUGUCCUCGAUUUAUGCAACGCAAGACGAUGUGUCCGUGCCAGUUGGCUAUCGGUUUGAAAGCAGAAAACAAGUAAAACGAACACAUCUAGCGGAACUUUUCGCUGCCUAAAGAAGAGAAAAAACCAUUUCUUGCUUAUGUUUGUUGCUUAGCUGUUGGCUCGAAACAUUUCUGCUUCCACUUUUCAUCCAUCACCGCCUUUACCGACCGGUCCACCGAUUUGGUGUCGUGUUAGGAGUCUUGCUACAUUUAAUAAAGCGUUCAUGAUUAUUUAUGAGUGGUCAGAUUGUAUCCGCCAGUAAUUAGGUUUUGGUUGUUCUUUUACCAUCUCUGUUCACCGCUUCAUCAAUUUGGCGUGAAGCUUUUGCACAGUCGCAAAAUCCCGCCUAACAUGGGCCUCCGUACUGUGAUGGCCCAAAAAAACUGGACAAACGGAUCUGUCCUGCUUGUCCGGUACAUUAUGAGCAGUGCUGCAGGAUUCGUGAUAUUAUUUUCGUCCCCUUUUUUUCCACCAGCCGGGGGACGCGUUGCGUUUCAUUUCACUGUAUUCAAUUACUUCGUCUUUUGGUUCGUUCUUCGUAGUGUAAUAUGACAAUUUACUUGUGUCCCGGCUCCUAGUCUCCAUUUGUAUGAGAUUCACGCGAUGUAAUUGGAGCGAAAAGAAGGGAAAAACAUUUCCCAAUAAGCUUCCACUGGUGUUUGCAUGCAUGCAGUAAGAGAAUAAACUACAACAAGCCAUUCUGAUCAGCUUCUGCACGGAAAAAGCGAAGACAUGUUUUGCUGGUGAGGAUCAUUGCAGCGUUAGUUCUCCGCAUCAGCUACUACAUAAAUCUUCGGUCACAAAUUCAGUGGCUGGCUUUUUCGGGGUGGUAGCACGGUAAAAAUUACAACGGAUCACGCCAGAAACGUGAUUCGAAUGAUUUUAUCCAUUUCGGCAAGUCCAACCCAACUAGCGAUGAGUUUUGCUUUCUUUGUGAUGGUGGUGAAUCCGCUACCAUAUGCUUUCGAGCAUAAAUUUGGCGCAAUGUGCUCACGUUUCACUGUGCUACCCCGUGCGUCUUUUAUUUUGUUUUCGUCUGCUUGGUAGCAAUUAAAACUUUCACUUUUAGCUCGUUUGCUCACUGUUAGGCGUGUACGUCGUGUGAUUAUGAUGUCUGAAAUGUUUAUUCCAAUUUUUGUUUUGCUCCUUUCUCUCUUUGCAGUUGAUCAACCGCAUUGAUUCCGAUAGACUGUCAGCAAUCAACCAAACUACGGCAACAUCAUCGUACUGUGAAUUGUAGGAUGAAAAAAGGGACACACACAAAAAAUGCACUUUUUCACACGACUGUCGACAUCCGUUAAGUGUCACAGAACUAAGCAGUUAGUGUGAAUGGCAAACACAAACAAAAAAAAGGAUGCAAAACAACAGGAGCCAUCGACAGCUGCUAACGACAUGAACGAUAGCACACUUCUGUCCCGUGAUGACAGCAACUAUUACGCUCACCGUCCCGCAUAGAUGCCACGGACUGUAGGCGAUUUAAACCCCGGAACAAAAGUGCAUUCUUCACCCCUUCGACCACACCCUUCUUGACAGCCUCGUUCGUAACGACUCGUUUUGAAUGUGGAAAAGCAUUCUCCAUUUUUACGGAACUUGCCGCUUCGUACGCUAAUUGGGUACCAUUGAAAGGAGGUGAAAUAUACGCAUGCAAUUUCAGGAACGUAACGAACUGUUCGUUAAACUACGCACGCACACAAACGCAACGCGAUUGAAAGGAAUUGAUUUGAUAUGCACCAACAGCGUUGGUCAAUUUGUGUGAAUAACUUUUUUUUUAAUCGGAAUACUGAGGGAAAAUGUGUCAAUGAUGAAUCUGCAGGGUUAUGGCAGGUCAUCGUUUUGUUAGAAUUGUAAUAGGAAAAUAAAGAAGUGAUGUAGUUUACUACUAUGAACAUUGGGGUUUUUUCACGUUUGUUCCUCAUAUUUGGAUUUUGAAAAGAAAAAUGGGGAGCUUAUUUCUAUUGUCCCUUCAAUUACUAACAGUAGUUUUAUAGUAAAAUAGCACGUUGGCUGGAAACGGUUUUUCUAACUAUUGGCUACAUAGAAUGCGGAUAAUAGAGAAAGGAAUGUGUGAAAAGUGUGGAGUAUCGGAAAUGGGGAAACGCUGAGAUACUCCGCUGAGUUUUAAGAGUCAGAGGGUAAAAUAUGGAAAGGGUUUUCGAUGAUGCAUUAAGGAAGGAAUGCAGGAGAUGGAAAUACAUAUUUGAAGAUAAGGAAGGAAAGAGAGAAGCAAAUUAGUUUAAUAGUCGAAAGCCUAAAAGGAGUGGAAGCAUUCUAGAAUAUGAUUUAGGAGUUUGUACUGAUUCGUUUAAAAAUAACGAUUUUUUAUGUAUCUUAAUUAGCUAUCAAAGUAGAAGCUUUAAUUAGAAGAAAUUUUUAUUUUUAAAAUAAAGUUUAACUAAGAUUUUCUAGUUGAACUUUAAAGCUAUUAAACCAACAACCUUUUUUAAAAUAAACAUUAAAAAUAUGAAGAUGGCUAAGAACUUCCAUUUUAACAUUACUUGCUUUACACUGUCAUAGAGCAAACGAGUCCCUGUUUGUACGCUGUAUGUCCAACUGCGAAUAUUUUCGCUUCCACAUCUCACUAGAGAGAAAAUUCCCGUUAAAGGGAUUUGUUUUCUUUUCCAGCGCCACAUAUCAUCGCGUAGUGAGAAAACCGUAUUCUCGUUGUAUGUACUUUCCAAGAAGCACAUACACAAACCUAAACAAUAGUGCACUUUGCGUAUGUGUGUCGUCCCGUGCGUAAAACUUUGACCGCGUCAAACGGAAGGUUUGCAAAUUGAACGAAGAUGGUCUCGAAAGGGCAACCGAUUGCCAAUGGCCGCAAGGUUCGUCAGUCAGUGCACCGUGACGGGCCACGUUCGUUCGUUAGUGUUCGGUGUGCGUGAAGAUCACCCGUUGAAGAUCGUGUGCUGCACUCCGACCGGGUAGUGUGCAAUCAUCCAUUGUGCGUGUAACGAGCGUGUGCGUGUGUUUUGCUGUAUGCUGGGAGUUGUCGCGCGAUUUUCUUUGCGUGCGGGAGUGUUAGUUGCGGGUCGGGUGUGUGUAAUCGUGUGUGUCGCGUGUGUGUUGGAAAAAAAGGUGAAAAGUGAGUGAGAUCGUUGGAGUGGUUUGUUGGAAGGUGCUUAUCGUGCCCUGUUGUACGGGCGCUAACAAAGCUAACGCGGUGUCGGUGCACAGUGCGGUGUGUGGUAAAGGUGUGCAAGGUUGUUGCUACGAUGGAAUUGCGGCAUAAUUUUACCACGUUCGUUCGGCUCAUGCUGUUGCUGAUGGUUGGCGGUGGCAAAUGGGUGCACGUGAAAAGCGAAGGAUUCAAAGCAGACGUGCCGACUCACCUGGAGAAAGUGUUGGUGAAUGAGACAGCUCAAAUCAAAUGCGACGUCUCAUCCAACCUCACGAACGAUCGUAUCCUGCUGGUGGUGUGGUACAAGGAUAACGUACCAAUCUACAGCUUCGAUACUCGUGGACCUCAUGUCAACUCUCCUUCACACUGGAAGGAUGUUGCCAUCUUGGAGGAUCGUGCCAACUUCAAAACGACACGAGAGCAAAGCCGGGCGAUGCUGGUAAUCAGUCCAGUUCAGAAAAAGGACGCUGGAAUCUUUCGAUGUCGCGUAGACUUUUUGCUCUCACCUACGAAAAAUAGUAAUGUAAAUCUAGAAAUUGUGGUGCCACCCGAUGUACCGAAGAUUCAUAAUGAAGCUGGAGUUGUGCUUCCAUCCCAUGCCGGACCCUACGAGGAGGGUGGCGAUCUGGUGCUGAUAUGCGUCGUCACCGGAGGUAAUCCAACACCGAAGAUUACCUGGUCCAGCAACGGUAAGACGCUGCCGAGCGCAAUGAUUGAUUAUGCACACGAGUCGACGCUUAGCAGCCGGCUCGUCGUCAGAAAUCUCUCCCGUGCUCACCAGCAUAACGUAUACAGCUGUCAGGCGAGUAACUUCUACCGGAGGAACGUGACCGCCAACGUUACGAUAGAGUUGCGACUACGACCUUUAACGGUGGAGAUCGUAAAUGGCAGUAGUCCGCUAUCGGCCGAUCGGCGCUAUAUUGUGCAGUGCCAAUCGAUGGGUUCCCGGCCACCUGCUAAAAUUACCUGGUGGAUGGGUGGCGUCCAGCUAACGGCAACAAAUCAAACGACGUCCGAGGAUGGCAACAGUACGCUGGCAUCGCUCAGCUUUACGCCAACCCGCGAAGACCACGGCAAAACGUUGAUCUGCCGCGCAACGAACGAGCUGGUGAAACGGGGGACCAAGGAGACUUCGACGAAAUUAAACGUCUUCUACCUACCCACCCUGAAGCUGGAGCUCGGCAUCAACAUGAACCCGGAGGACAUCGAGGAAGGGGACGACGUGUACUUUGAAUGUAAAGUGAAUGCAAAUCCGUCUGCAUACAAAGUGGUCUGGAAGCAUAAUGAUCAAGUUGUGCAGCACAACUCCAAGUCGGGUGUCAUCAUGAGCAGUACCGCACUGGCGUUGCAGACGGUAACACGGCACCAGGCAGGCAACUACACGUGCAUCGCUUCGAACGUCGAAGGUGAUGGUGAAAGCAAUACGGUCCACCUAAAAGUCAUGUAUAAACCAAUCUGUCGCCCGGAUCAGAAGAAAAUCUACGGCGUUGCCCGGAACGAAGCGGCCGAGAUCCUGUGCCAGGUCGAUGCUUAUCCACCGCCGGAAUCGUUCAAGUGGUCGUUCAACAACACCGCCGAAACGAUCGAUAUGCCGCAGAGUGGAUACCGCGUACAUGCCGAGCAAGCUUCAUCACUGACCUACACCCCAGUAAAGGAGCUCGACUACGGUACGAUCAUGUGCUGGGCGGAUAAUGUGGUCGGCCAGCAGAAGGAACCGUGCGUGUUUCAUCUGAUUGCGGCCGGGAAGCCGGAGAUGCCGUACAACUGCUCCCUCGUCAACCAAACGUCCGACUCGCUCGAGGUCGACUGUGUCGAAGGAUUUGAUGGCGGCCAACGGCAGUGGUUUGUAAUGGAGAUCUACGACCAGCAGACGCAUGCCCUGCUCGCUAACGUGUCCUCCAAACUGCCAAUCUUUACCGUUAACGGGCUGGAUGCUGGGCUGCUGCUGAAGAUUGUCAUCUAUGCCACGAACAUGCGCGGCCGCAGCGAACCCAUCUUACUGCAGGCGUACACAUUGAAGGCAGCGGAAAAGCAGACAGGUACCCAUGCCGAGUUCGAGCUGACGCCGAUCGUAUCGAUCGGGAUAUUUAUUGGCAUUUUAACGGUGCUUAUCUGCAUUAUAAUCGCGGUCGCAGCCGCCUUCAAGCUGCGGACGACCCAGGCCAAACAGCACACUACCACUGGUGGCAAACGGCCCGGUAAUCUGCCAAUUAAGGAGAAAAUCUCAUUACCGCUCAGCCAGUCGGAAGACAUGUACGACGAGAAGAACCCGGACGUUGUCCCAUCGAACGAGGAUCCCGAUUACAAAUUAAUAUCAGCAAAUCAGACUCCCACAGCGCUGCAUAAUUCAUUAUGCAACAGCAAACAUGACAUUAUCGGCAGGACGAUACUAGACGAUAGCCGGAAAACGUACCUAACCGGGUCAGCUAAUGAAGUGCAUUACGCGGAGCUGGCCCUAGCAAUACCGCACGACGACACUAGUGGCAAGAACCAUCUAAACAACCAUCUGAACAAGCUGCCCCCGCCACCGGCCUACAACUACUUCGACGAGCCGACGAUCUACGCACAGAUAGAUCACGGUGGCAGCUUCAAGACGGUGGGGCCACCACCGCAUCCACAUCCGUCGGCAACGAUACCGUCGUCCGUUGGUGCUUCCACGACCGGUAACUCCUUCCCGCUAAUAUCACCGGUGUCACAGCAGCAACACCAUCACCAUCCACUAACGUUGCAGCUGCAACAGGACGCAACGCAACCGGCGUCCUCCCAUCAUCACCAUGCGCCUCACACGCCCCACACACCGACGACUGCCUCGCUGCUGCAACUGUCGCAGCCGCUCUCGCAGCAUCAAGGUGCCGUCCUGGCGCACUCGCCACUGCAGCUACCCCACAACCUGCCUCAGUCACCCUCGAUACCAACGGCCAACGGCAAUGGCAGUAAGCAAUACCUAAGGGAAAUCGUAACUGUGCGGACACCGCUAGCCUUUUCCCAGCAGGAAAGCUGCGUCUAAUCGGUCACAUCGGGUGGAAAGGACAACGAUAGAGAUAGAACGAAAGAAAAAAAGGAAAGAAAGGAAGUGAACGACAAAAGAAAGAAAAAACUAUAGAGACUUCAUGUCCGACGGGAAGCCCAGCGAAGAAAACCCGGUCAACUGCUCAAAAUACACUUCAAACUCUUAUCCAGUGCUACAAACUUUUUCUUUUCUUAACAAACUAGUCCUUAUUUUAAACUAUAGAAAUUUAAAUGCAUAAACAAUUAAAAAACUUUGAUGGAAAGGUUCUAUACUUCGUAACAGGACAAAUUUGUGAUGCGAAUUGCAUUCAUUUAGGCUCCAUUUUUUGAACAGUCUUAGAUUGAGAUUAUUGCCUAAAUUUAGGCGUGUCAGACAGUGUUAAUUAGUCUUGCUAGCAGCAUAACUUUAACUUCUAAAAUCUCAAUUGUUACAUUUGACCCUAAUUUCUACACCAGCUUAAUGAAUGAAUGAACUACUUUAGCAUAACGAGCAACAUUGUUUAAAGGAUUCUUUUUGUACUACAAAAAACAGCAACACUUUGUCAAACUGUAAAUGAAGAUUUCGUUGUUGUUUCAGUAUAAGUUUGUGCGCCAUCAUUCCAGCACUUGAUGUAAGACUGCCGACGGCAACUUGUAAACAAUAAUCACUUUAAUUUAAUUAAUCGAGCUAUUUUCCCAAACAUUAGGCGGUAUAUCGGUUAACGUCUUCCAAACCACACACACGUACAAAACAAAAUCUUCCAGGUGUAUGUGUGCGUCCGAUCACUAUUAUUUCCGGUAUGCCAGACGGAUGCGGUUGCAACAUAAUUAAUUGACAACGAUUCAUCAAAUCAAACACAGCGAAGCCACAAUCUAUACACACUCGAAUGCACCCAGCUUAGUACCGGUGGUACCGAUACAUUCCAUUUAAAGUCAAUUUGAAGGAACCACAGCAUCUCCGCGGUAGAGUUCUUUAAAACCCUCGGAACCGCAAAACCUACAAGAUCACAUCAUUUCCGCCACUGAGCUUCUCCCUUUGGAAGUGAACAUGUUGGAACCGUUUUUCACUCAAAUGUCCCAGUCAGAUGGUGCAUUAAAAUUUGAUCUUGAUGUAAGUGAUGCAUGGACAAAUCGCUUUGUAAGUAAGCGAAGCGAUACGGACAAAGGUUAUGGCUAUGCGUAGCGUUCCUGCCACACAUUACUUCGCACAUAAUUCCUGCCAAUAAUAACGACAAUAACAAUGAUUGUGUUGUCUGCCAUCACUAUUAAUGCUUGGUUGAAAUUAAAGACCUUCCUUUUCGUUGCAAAUUCCACUACUAAGUGUGCGUGUUGUGUGACUCUCAUGAUGGCAGCAAACGUAAGAUUAUCAUGUUGCUGCUUAAUGGAAAAUUUAUGUAGAUUUUGUCCCAACACUCAAAAUGGGACAACGGUUUCAACAGUGUCCUCCCCUUUUCCCAACCGCUUUACGCUACCUGUGCCCAGUAACGGGAAUGGCAUGGAAUUUCUGUGAACACGAAAUGGAGUCAUGCCUGAACGGUUCAUCGAUUUGGUAGCGUUUUGUCAUUGAGUAAAGUACCUUUUUUGCAUGAUUCGGAAAAUCUUUUGUUAGUGUUUGUGUACUCGAUUGCAAUGGGAACGUAUUUAUACUUAAGUAAAUCGUUGAAAAAUACUUUAAUUUCAAUUUCAAUAUCAAGUUCUAGACAAAUCUUUACGAACAUUCAAGCGUUACAUUUUUUCGCGUAACGCCUGUCACACAGUAACGCCUUUGAGCUUUAAGAGCUUGUUUUGAAGCUGAAGUUUGUUAAUUUCAAUCUACUUUUAAUAACAUUUUUUACCAAACUAAAAUUAACUGAAGUUGCACAGUAGUACGGUAAAUUUCAGUGUUAUUCAACAGAUGGUGGCCAAGCGAUUUUUACCCAUUUUCUAAACAAAAAAUCCACAACCAAAUGUAGCAUUUGUGAACAUUGUUCGUGUCUAUACCGUUAGCUAGGAAACUUUUUCGCGUGCCCGCUAUACAAAAAUCUCCACUUUUCAAAGGGCGCACAAUAAAAAGCGUCCACUCACGGGGUCAAUACAGGCUGAGUCAUUUUGGCCCAUUUGGCCAGCCGUUUCGUAGCCGUUUCCGGGCAUGUAGGCAAGCAACUUCGGUCGCACUCGCUUUCCUUAUCGGUGGCGCAUGUAAUUUAUCAUGUAGCUUCAAUCAUCGACCACGAAAACGAAAAGCGCCACUUCAAUGUCUCACCAUUGCGGUCCGGUGCGGGAUGAAUCGUACAGAAACAACAACUGUUCGUGCAGAUUUCAAAAGUAGCACAAUAACACCAGCAACAACAACAAAAUGCCCAAAAGUAUAACUUUUUUUUUCAAAUUCCAUGCUCACUUCAGAAUUUACCGCAAGAGUUGAAACUGAAGAAGAAAUAAACGCAACCCACAAGCAACCGGUGAAAUGGAUAAGGGCAGUUUUUGAAAAUGGGAAUUAAUUGGGAGUAGCCUGGCAACAUAGUUAGUUAGUUAGUGGUCGUUGACUGGCUAGAAAACAGACAAAACCUUCAGGCAACACACAAAUGCAUUUCCACUGCUUGCCUGUCUGUCUAGCAGAAGGAUCAAAUUUUUAUUCAACCAAACGUUUGCCCUUUUAGUGUGUGUGUGUGUGUGUUUUUUUUUACAACAAAAUUUUUAACCCAUCUUCAUCAUCCCCAUCAUCAUUCGCUGAUAGGGUAAAAGAAAAAGCAAGCGAAGUGAAAGUGGCCCCCAUAAUGCCUUUGGCACGGGGUAAGAAAAACCCGUAAAAAUACAUCAACAGAGCAAAGCAGAAAAGAAAAACAAAACACUCCAACAUGUACAAAAGUUUGUGCUCUCGUUUGUAAAAUAAUGUUCGGGAAAAUGCACUUGUACGGUGGAAAACUUUUUUUUCUUUCACAAAAAUAAAAAUCCCUCUCUCUCUCCCCCCCCCCCCCCACCCCUUUUUAUUUCUCUCUGCUGUGCGCACAUGAAGUGGGAAAAGCUUUCAAAUCCCAAACCCAAACAUGGCCUACUACACAACUACUAUUGACCGGCCAGCCAAACGUUUGCUGGCAGCUCCCUUUAGGCACUCAUAUUUUCCUCCAUUUUAUCGACUUCCGCAGCUGCGAGUGUAUUAAAAUUAAUAAUUAAUUUAAAUGGCGCGUCCGAAGCAUCCGGACUCGGCAUACGAUUCGACACCUCCUACUACCCUUUUACGCAUUGUUCGAAGGCAUCUUCAUCAACCUAAAAUGUUAUGUUCGUUUGCUUUUAUCCUACCGCGCACCGUUUUCAAUAUGCGUGAUGUUUUUUUUUAUGUCUUUGAGUUUUUUUUUUGGUUUCAUUUUAAUUUCUCUGUUUGUAUGCUUCAUUUUUUUUGCGAAAGGUAUGUUUGGUUUUUCCUUUUUAAAUCGUUAAAAUGGAUUUAUUAAUGCGACACAUCGUAUUAUUCAUGCAGUGCACACCUAUGGACUGUCGAUUCUUUUCUAUAUUUUAGACACAAAAACAAGAGUUAAAUAUUUUCUCCCCUAUUUCUCACAUUUAAUACAAUUGAACAAAAGAGUGCUUGAAGUUGCUGGAAUGAUGGAUGUUGUUCUUGCUUUUAAUUUGGGUUAAACAUGAAAACUAACAAGAUCUAAUACACAACAAAUAAACCAAACAAAAACAGGCAAGAUAAGAGAUUUGUAACAAGUGUCAAGAAGUAUUAUAAACGAAGGCAAGCAAAGCAAAAAAAGGCACGAAACGGAAAAAAUUAGCGUAGGGUUACGUUAAAAAAAACUCGCUCCACAAACCUACUGAGUGAGCAAAGAACUGACCUUUAAAUAUUCACACAAACACACAUUCUUUGUAGUACAGAAACGCGAAUAACAGUUACUAAGUGUAAUAGUGACACAAUUAAACAACAACAGCAAAAACGAACAAAUACACGCAAAUGCAAGAGGAAACGAGAAAGAAAAACACACGAAUAAGAAAAGAAAACAAAAAAAAUCCCAUUUUCACUACAAUCUAAACUAAACAAGAAAAGAAAAGAAAAAGAACAAAACGAAACUUUUCGUCACACGUUGUUAGGAUUAGAAUAAUUGUGUACAUAACAAGGAAGAACCGUAACAAUAAUAAUUCGUAUCAAAAAUCAAACCCAUCACAGGAAAAUGGUGGAAAAAGGGCAGAAACAAAAGGGAAAUUGUUUCCAAAUGUGUAGCAUAAAGAUGGAAUGGAAGCAGAUGAAGCAGUUCGCAGCGCAAGCAGAAAUGUCAUCCAUUUUUGCUAGAUAUCACUUAAAAAAUAAAACAAGCACGACUCGGUGGGAUUCGUACGUAAGACAACAAAUAAAAAACCAUCUGUUUUAGGUUAACAAAACAAAAACACUCAAACUCACUCUAGGGUAGAAUUUAAUCCAAUUAUCUAUACUGUACAUAUGUGGGCAACCGAUGAAGCGAACUUUAAUGCAAACGUGGAAGUACUCAUUUCCACCAAGAAUAGGUUAUUCUGGAAUCCUUGAUAAUGGAUACUCCAGGUUCCUUCCAGGUUGCAAUCCUCUCUACAUCACUCUCUGGACGGUUGACAAAACAAAAAUUACAUUAAAAUCACAUCACAAUCCAAAAUCGGGUAGCGAAAGUAUUCCCCGAUCAAACCUUUUCGGCAAGUGUUGUACAUAGUUAUACAUACUAGCGUGUAAGUGAAACACUCACACAAAACACAGCGGCACCACAAAAGUAAACUGUAACUGAAGAAUGCUGGCGGAUACCACAACCCCGAAAACAGAGCAGACGCCCUCGAGCCUUAAGACAGGAAAGACAACUUCACAGACGAAUGGCUCAAGUACGGUGCAUUCGGUGCUGCAAAUUUCUCGUAAAGCUCCCUCGUUCAGAUUACUUGUUUUCUAUUUAAAAUUCUAUCAACGAAAGCACCCGAACUUAUGCAGGGCAGUUCCAAAUUAUCACCGCGAACGAUGUCAAGGAACGUCAAUGUCAAGCAAACCAGAAAGAGGAAAAUGGUUCCAGUUUCUUUGAAACUUUUUAAAGAAAACAUGCAAAACUAGUUUAAUUUGUACAAAUGAACUAAGGAAAGUGUAACGAACGCAAAGAGUGAAUAAGUUAUUAAAAAAAUGAAGAAAACAAAAACAGGUGAAGUAAUAAUCACAACAAAAACGAGAUUGAAAGUCGUUUAGUUGAAACGGUAAAGAACGGCGUACAAGCGAAUUGUUGACAGUAUGGAUAUUAAAGGAGAAGAAAAAAACAGCAAACAGAACAGUCGGUUUAAAUAAAAACAUUUUUUCUAAAUUGUGAAA